AUGGCCGGAUGUGCCGAACUAUUUCACAACGCCUGGGACAUGGACAGUCUGAUACGACUGUUGAAGAGGCCGGACUGUCAACAACUCGCUGCUGUUCUAUUGGCUCAUGCCGGACCCACACCAACUCCAACCGAACUUUAUGUGCCUCGAGGCAGAAUGAACUAUGGAGACUUUAAUUCAGAGUUUGGAGCUAAGUCGAGGUGGGUGGAAACAAAUUUUAUUUUUUAGCGUUUUUUAAUGAUUUUUAAAUGAUUUUUUGAUAGUCAAAAAAAAGUAAAAGAUGAUUUUAUGUUUUAAAGUUUUAAACAGAAUGCCAAAGUUGGCGGUAAAAUUGAUAUUUGAAUUUUUUCCGAAAUUUUUUUGGUGAAAAAUGGGUUUUAAGAUUUAGAAACGUCUUAAAUUUACUUUUUAGCUAAUAAUUCAAUUUUUUGUGUGAUUGUUUUAGCCAUUUGAAACAUAAUGCCAAAGUCGGCGGGAAAACAGUUUUAAAAUUUUUCAGUUUUUUGUAGUAAUACAGUUUAGUAUGUCUUAAAAUUGAUCUGACAAUACUUUUUAUUACUAUUAUUAACUUUUUCGGUAGUUUUAGCUUCUUGAAACAUAAUGCCAAAGUUGGCGGGAAAUUAAAAAUUUGAAUUUUUUUGUAAAAUACGUAUAUUAUUAUAAAAAUCAAGUUUAUAUACUUACUGCUGUUUGAAAAACCGUAUUUUAGUGGUCGUUUAUCAGCAUUCAACUCGGCAAAUGGCUACGCGAAUCGACGGGUCGAUAUUCUCCACAACGUCGCCGAUCCCACAAUGCACACAUGGAGCGACGAGAACUUUACCAUGGUCGAUAUACUGGCCGAGAUGGACUCAUUCGUGGAUUCUGGGUUCUAUCCGCUGUAUGUGAGGGUUGGGAUGACAUUCAUCUUUACAUUACUGGCUGUCAUGGGCAUUGUGGGUAAUAUCAUGGUGAUUACUGUGGUAUUGAAGGUGCCUGGCAUGGUAAGUUUGUUUAAAUCGAUGUUAUUUUUGCUUUGUAAGCAAUGUUUUUGACAUUUACACAAGUUGCUUGAUAUUGUUGAAUUUAAUGGGGUCAUCGUAUAACUUGUCACCCGCAGCCUGCACGGACCUCAAAAGCUCAUAGAGCACUUAGAAAUGAACAAAAAUAAGCAAACAACAAUUUUUAUGCCAUUUCUAGUUGUACAAAAAAAAAUUUUUUUAUUUUUGAUUUUGUAAACAAAGUUCUUGCAGAUAACCCCCACCAACUGUUACCUAACCUCUCUGGCAGCUUCGGAUUGCCUAUUCUUUAUGGCGUCACUGCCGCAGGAGCUGAACAAUCUGCACGGCACGUCGAAACAAUACAUAUUCGGAUCGAUGGGAUGCUCGUUACUAUCGUAUCUUCCAUACCUCGCCAUCAACACGUCCAGUUUGUCAAUCACUGCCUUUACCAUUGAAAGUAGGUUGCUUUGAAAUUGGAAACAAAGUUUUUGCAAUUUUUGGGGUUUGUGAAGAUAGUUUGUGAGAUUCUUAUUAAGACUUUAAGUUUUUGUUUUUUAUAUCGUUUUAAACGUGUUUUUGUCUGAUUCGGCAAGAUAAGCAACGGUGCGCUUGAUUACAAAUCCACGAGGGUUCGAUUCUGCUUGGAUGCAAGAGACAUUUUUGAGCUUUAAAACUUGUUUUCAAUGCAAAAUUUAGUUCGAUUCAUAACGAAUAUGAAAGAAAAUAUCAACUACAAUAUUAUUGAUAAAAUUUUUUUAAAUUAUGUUUGUAAAGAAAGUUUUUGCAAGGCAUUAAAAGAUGCAAAGCUAAGUUUUGGUGGGUUUUUCGGACAUUUUUUGAUGUUUUUAUAAACUCCGAGGUGAUUUAGAAAGGAAUAUUGUCGAAAACAAAGUUCUUGCAUUUUAAAAUGUUUUUGUUAUAUGGUUUGGCUAGUUUGUAGAUAUUAGAGGACGUUUUGACAGUUAAAAGGGGAAAAUAAGGCCAAAUGUAGAGCUUUUAGGCAAACAUUUUGGAUUUUCUUGGUAUUUUAGGUAUCAAACUUGUCGUAAAUUAAUGUUUUUGAGUAGUACAGUAUUAUGUGUUCCUCGAAUUGUCAAUUUAGUGCUUUUUGAACGACGUUAUAUUACCUAAAACAUCAAAUUUUUGCUGAAAUCUUCUUUUUUUCGCAAAAUUUUUAUUUUUUUCGUAAUUUAGGUAACAAAACUUCAAUAAAAUGACUAACUUUACAUCCUUUUAGGAUUUAUAGGCAUUUGCCAUCCCCUAAAAGCCCGCUACAUCUGCACGGUCUCCCGUGCCAAGCUGAUAAUCACCUUGAUCUGGAUCAUAGGUAUCGCCUACAACUCUCCAUGGCUCUACCUAGCCACCGUAAUGACGGAUUCGGAAGGAGAUUACUGUAGUUUUAAGUUGGAACGAUCGAAUUGGACUUACAAGUUGAUAUACGUCAUUGAUUUCUUGUCGUGUUAUCUAAUUCCAAUGAUAUUGUACAUAUUAAUAUACGCCAAGAUCACCUACACUUUGAUGAAAUGCACUGUCAAUUCGAAUCAACAGCAGCACAAUAAUCAGAAAAUGCGUGAGUUUUUGGUUUUUUAAAUGUUGAUUUUGGCAUUUAUUGGGGUUCAAAAUUGAUUUUUGAUAAAAAUUAUAAAAUGUGAUUUUUUUUCAAAUUUUUUUCAAAAAUGUUUAAAUGGAUCUAAAAAAUUGUUAAAAUUGAUGUUUUGGUAACAAAAACCUAUUUUAAAAACGUUUUUUAUUAAGUUUUUAUUAUUUUUUAGUAAAAAAAGCAAACACGACGCUUGCAACUAAAUGUCAAAAAUGGCCCAAAAAUUGAAUUUUAAAUUUUUAUUUUGGGGUUGAAAUCUUCAAAAUAUGAUGGUAGAGUAGUUAAAACUAUUUUUAAGCGGUUUUCGGAGUUUUUUUUUGAUAAAAUUGAAAAUUUUAAAUUUGAAUUUUUGGGGCCAAUGAAGAAUCGUUACCCAGUGCAUUAUAGUUCCCAACGGUGCAUAACCGUUCCCCCAAUUAUUUAUUUUUAUAUUUUAACAUCUUCAAUUUAGAAAUAAAAUUUGAGCGGUGGUGCGUUGGGGAGAGAUACAUAGUAAAGCGUUGGGGAAUGAUAGUAAAGCGUUAGGGAAUGAUAGUAAAGCGUUAGGGAAUGAUAGUAAAGCGUUGGGGAAUGAUAGUAAAGCGUUAGGGAAUGAUAGUAAAGCGUUGGGGAAUGAUAGUAAAGCGUUAGGGAAUGAUAGUAAAGCGUUGGGGAACGGUAGUAAAGCGUUAGGGGAAUGAUAGUAAAGCGUUGGGGAAUGAUAGUAAAGCGUUAGGGAAUGAUAGUAAAGCGUUGGGGAAUGAUAGUAAAGCGUUAGGGAAUGAUAGUAAAGCGUUAGGGAAUGAUAGUAAAGCGUUAGGGAAUGAUAGUAAAGCGUUAGGGAAUGAUAGUAAAGCGUUGGGGAAUGAUAGUAAAGCGUUAGGGAAUGAUAGUAAAGCGUUGGGGAAUGAUAGUAAAGCGUUAGGGAAUGAUAGUAAAGCGUUAGGGAAUGAUAGUAAAGCGUUGGGGAACGGUAGUAAAGCGUUAGGGGAAUGAUAGUAAAGCGUUAGGGAAUGAUAGUAAAGCGUUGGGGAACGGUAGUAAAGCGUUAGGGGAAUGAUAGUAAAGCGUUGGGGAAUGAUAGUAAAGCGUUAGGGAAUGAUAGUAAAGCGUUAGGGAAUGAUAGUAAAGCGUUGGGGAACGGUAGUAAAGCGUUGGGGAACGGUAGUAAAGCGUUAGGGGAAUGAUAGUAAAGCGUUAGGGAAUGAUAGUAAAGCGUUGGGGAACGGUAGUAAAGCGUUGGGGAACGGUAGUAAAGCGUUGGGGAACGGUAGUAAAGCGUUGGGGAACGGUAGUAAAGCGUUAGGGGAAUGAUAGUAAAGCGUUGGGGAACGGUAGUAAAGCGUUGGGGAACGGUAGUAAAGCGUUAGGGGAAUGAUAGUAAAGCGUUGGGGAACGGUAGUAAAGCGUUGGGGAACGGUAGUAAAGCGUUAGGGGAAUGAUAGUAAAGCGUUGGGGAACGGUAGUAAAGCGUUAGGGGAAUGAUAGUAAAGCGUUGGGGAACGGUAGUAAAGCGUUAGGGGAAUGAUAGUAAAGCGUUGGGGAACGGUAGUAAAGUGUUUGCGAAUAAUAGUAAAUUAGAAUACGUAGUCAAUUACCUCAAAUACUGUGUUUUAUGGCGUAAAGUCCGGUGGCCAAAACCAGGAUCCUUGAGCCCAUUGUACGCCAUCUGUGUCGAGACCGAAAGGUUAGAGUUCGAAAAGUAGGUACCAUGACGAGUAGAGCGGGUUCAGCAAUCAGUACAUCCGUUUCGACAUCUCCACUAAAACAACAUAUGAUAAAUAUAAACAACUAACUUACCAUGUAUUUAUCGGCCAGUUCAGACUUUUUUUACAACUUCAUAAUCGACGAACAUUGCUGGCACGAAUAAGCCGGUGGGAGAAGAGAGUUGUCUAUUAUGAUCUGAAUAGCAGUGGUAUAUGCUUGCUCCUCUUGCACCGUGUUCCAUUUUUCGACCAUCCAAGACCAAAUAGAAAGAAAGAAUGAAAAGCCAUAAUGAAAAUGAAAAAAUAUGUGAAGCAAAAAUUUGCAUAGUUUUAUUUAUUCUCACCGUGGGGAACGAUUAUGCCUUUAUGAGUGGGGAACGAUUCUUCGAUUUUGUGGGAACGAUUUUGCAUGAGCGCCGAAUUUUUUAAAAUUUUGUAAAGAAUGGUAACAAAAAUCUAUUUUAAAAACGUUGUUUGUUUAUUAUUGAUGAUAUUUUACCUAAAAAAGGAAAAAUUGACACUUGCUGAAUCUAAAAUUUCAAAAAUUUCAAUGUUUUUAAAUUAUAAAAUUUUUAUAAAAAUUGAUGUUUUAGAUAACAAAAACCUAUUUUAAAAACGUUUUUUGUUAAAUUUUUAUGAUUAUUUAGCCAGCAAAGGCAAAAACGACACUUGCAACAGAAUGCCAAAAAUAGCGCGAAAAUUGAAUUUUAAAUUUUUAUUUUAAUUUUGACUUUUUCAGCAAUACACCAAGACUCAAUGUCCCAAAACGGCACGGAACGUUCCCAUUCAAUCACGUUUUCCCCUCCAAUAUUACAGCAAAAGCACAGUAACCCCAUCCAACCCGACCGUAACUCGACUCAAAGUAAUUCACUCAAACUGACACUUUCAAUGAGUAAUAACAUGGCCACGACCAUUGCCACGAAGCGACAAACCCCCAGAAGUCGGAUGCAGGUUCAGGUGAUUAAGAUGUUGGCGGUGGUUGUUAUCAUCUUUGCGGUUUGUUGGCUACCGUACCGAGCUAUGGUCAUGUAUAAUAGUUUUGUUGAUGAGGAAAAGGUUUUUACUAAGGCGUGGUAAGUUGGAGGGGUGGGGAUUAGAAGGUAUGGUAGGGUAGAGCAAGGGUGGGGAGGGUUAGUAGGGUAGGGUAGAGUAGGCCAAAGUAGGGUAGAGUAUGGUAGGUCAAGGUAGGGUAACAUUCUGUAAGUGAGACAAAUUUGAUUUUCAAAUUGUAACUUCAGGUACCUCUUCUUUGCCAAAACCCUGAUUUUCUUUAACUGUGCCAUCAACCCCAUCCUCUACAAUGUAAUGUCGGCUCGUUUCCGAAACGCCUUCAAGAGAUGUUUCUGUGGAGCCAGCGACAAAUCAAAGCCAACCAAGAAGUUUAACUCAGAAACCAAAUAUACAUCACGCGAUGAGAAGAGUCUAUUUCUGCCAAACAACUAUCAUCGUGAGUCUAUCUACUCGGCCGUCAAGCCUGACAAUCUACAUCAAGUUGUUUAA